UAUCGCCCGCCCGGCUCGGCCCGGCCCGGCCCGGCCCGAAUUCUCGUGCCUCUUCUUCCCCCUCUCUCACGCGCACAGAGCAGACGCACCCCCCGAAUCCAAUUUCCACCGAGUCCUACUAGGGUUUGCUCCUGGGGCGGCGAUCUCGCUGUGGCGACGAUGUCGAUGGCCACGGCGGCUCCUCCCUGCGAGUGGGGAUAUCUCGCAUGUUUCCCGAGCGACCGUCUCUCCGACCCUGCCACAGUUGAGCCGCCCUCCGGCUCCUCGGUUCCGCCUCCGCCUCCGCCUCCGCCUGCCCCUGCCCCUGCCCGGCUUCCUCAGAGAAAAGGUCCGCUCGACCUUCGAGCCAAUCCAAAAGUUCAGCUUGCACAGGCCAAGAGGUUUGCAACGGGUGUCUUGGACCACUACAACAAAAACAAGAAGAUUAAAUUUGAGCUCUUGGAUGCCAAGCCUGUCAUCAGUAUACCCGAGCCACGCUGUUGUUACACACACAUUAACUUCACCGCCAGGUCCAGCAAGGAGGAUUCAGAGGAGCAACUUUUCUUUGCUGAGAUUUACCACUGUCGCAAAAAGCGGUCUCCAAGUGGCUUUAUCGUCACAUGCUGUGAGCCAUUGGGCCCUGAUUUUAAAGUGGGACAAAAGUUCUGCAAGCUUGAUGGUUCCUCGGCCGUGAGGAAGAAUACUGAUUUUACGCACUGUUUUGCCUGCACCGAGAGGAUGCUGCAUCCGAGAGGCGAAAACUAUGUUGCAGGGCACUGCAACAUCCCUCGUGUUUAUGACUAUGUGCGCUAGUAGUUUGUACAUACCUUUUUUUUUUUUUGGGGGGGGGGGGGGGGGGGGUAGAUCUAGUCGAAGGAGCAUUUGGAACUCUGUACUUGUGCUAUUGCUUCUCGUGACAAUGUGUUACUCAUUUUGUUAAGCUGCUAAUGUAAUGGAAGCAAAUAUUUGAGUCAUUUGGUCCAGGGUGGGAGAGGACAGGACUCAGGAGGCUAUAUAAUGAAUGGUUUGGGUACCUAUACUGUCA